AUGGAUUGUGAGAAGAAGCUUCGUGCAUGUUGGUUCGUGUCACCGUCGACAAAGCUCCUUCUUCUCAUGGUGCCGCUGGUUGCAGUGGCGGGACUCGUUGCGGUCGCCGCUCCGCGGAAGUCACCGGCCGGGGAUCUGGUAUCCGCGUACUCGUGGUUAUGGAGCUCCUCUCGCUCUUACUCCUCUCCCACUCGGACUCCAAUCCUGGAUGCCGCUUUGCAGAUUCCCGUUCUGCAUGCAGAGGCCGGUGACGGCGGAAGUGGCCGUGGUGGGUCGGCGGUGGGGCCUCCAGCGCCGGACCCUCCGCUGAUGGUGGUCGGAGUUCAGAAAAUGGAGAGAGCAGUCUCAGAUGAUUCUUUGGCCCCUGAGCCCUCUGCUUCUCCGCCACUUGCAGCUGAAAGGCCACCAAAUAAAACGAGUAGCGCCACAAAGGAAGAAGCGGGGCUAAGAAGAGCCAGAUCCGGGAUUAGAGAAGCUAAGACUGGGAACCCGAUGGAGGACCCAGACUAUGUCCCCGUAGGUCCAAUGUACAGGAAUGCCAAUGCCUUUCACAGGAGUUACCUAGAAAUGGAAAAGCAGUUUAAGAUAUUUGUUUACAAGGAGGGUGAUCCCCCUGUAUUCCACAACGGUCCUUGCAAGAGCAUAUAUGCUAAGGAAGGUAAUUUCAUCCACAUGGUCGAAAUAAACAAGCGAUUCCGCACCGGAGAUCCCCGCAAAGCACACGUCUUCUUCCUCCCUUUCAGUGUGGCGAUGAUGGUCCAGUUCGUGUAUGUACGGGAUUCGCAUGAUUUCGGCCCCAUAAAGCGAACCGUGAUUGACUACAUCGAUGUUGUGGCGAGCAAGUACCCAUAUUGGAAUCGCAGCUUGGGCGCUGACCAUUUUAUGCUGGCCUGUCAUGACUGGGGGCCAGAGGCUUCCUUUGCUGUUCCACAUCUUCAAAGGAACUCGAUCAGAGUCUUGUGUAAUGCAAAUACCUCCGAAGGCUUCGACCCGUCCAAGGAUGUCUCGUUUCCAGAAGUAAAUCUCCACACCGGCGCGAUAAGUGGCCCUAAUUGGGGGCCAUCGCCGUCGCACCGCUCAAUAUUGGCAUUCUUUGCCGGCGGGCUUCACGGGCCCAUCAGGCCUAUUCUCCUUCAGCACUGGGAAAACAAGGACGAGGACGUGAAGGUCCAUCGGUACCUCCCUCGAGGCGUGUCUUACUACGACAUGAUGAGAAGGAGCAAGUUCUGCAUUUGCCCGAGUGGCUACGAGGUUGCGAGCCCGAGAGUGGUGGAGGCUAUCUACACGGGAUGUGUGCCGGUGCUGAUCUCAGACCACUACGUGGCCCCGUUCAGCGACGUCUUGAACUGGAGGUCGUUCUCGGUCGAGGUUACUGUGAGGGAGAUCCCGAAUCUGAAGACGAUACUCGCUAGCAUCUCGUCAAGGCAGUACAUAAGGAUGCAGAGGAGGGUCGCGCAGGUCCGACGGCAUUUCGAGGUUCACUCUCCGCCCAAGAGAUAUGAUGUGUUUCACAUGAUACUUCAUUCCGUGUGGCUUAGGCGACUGAAUGUUGGAUUGAGCGACAAUCAGUGA